UCCUCUAGAGGCGAUGAGCCCACCCCAGGCUGACCAGCCCCCUCCUCUAGAGGCGAUGAGCCCACCCCACGCUGACCAGGCCCCUCCUCUAGAGGCGAUGAGCCCACUCCAAGCUGACCAGGCCCCUCCUCUAGAGGCGAUGAGCCCACUCCAGGCUGACCAGGCUCCUGUUCUAGAAGCAUUGAGUCCACCUCAGGCUGACCAGGCCCCUCCUCUAGAGGCGAUGAGCCCACCCCAGGCUGACCAGGCUCCUCCUCUAGAGGCGAUGAGCCCACUCCAGGCUGACCAGGCCCCUCCUCUAGAGGCGAUGAGCCCACUCCAGGCUGACCAGGCCCCUCCUCUAGAGGCGAUGAGCCCACCCCAGGCUGACCAGGCCCCUCCUCUAGAAGCGAUGAGCCCACUCCAGGCUGACCAGGCCCCUCCUCUAGAGGCGAUGAGCCCACUCCAGGCUGACCAGGCCCCUGUUCUAGAAGCGAUGAGCCCACCCCAGGCUGACCAGGCCCCUCCUCUAGAAAUGAUGAGCUCACUUCAGGCUGACCAGGCCCCUCCUCUAGAAGCGAUGAGCGCACCCCAGGCUGCCCUGGUCCUGCCUCUAGAAGCAAUCGGCCUGCCCCAGACUGACCUAGCCCUCCUCCGGAAGUGAUAAACCCACCGGCGGCAAUGUCCACAGUGAACGCACCUCCAAAACCCAGAGACCAAGUUAACCACUAAAGCAGGCCCCAGGAUUGACAGCAGCUCAUAAAACCAACAACCCUCAGGCCACCGCUGGCUGGAACGUGGGUUUACUCUGCGUUCUUUCUCAGCCCCAGUGAUAUAACUAGAAUUUGAGAUUACUUUCCUGGAACUCUCAGCUCUACGAUUUAGGUGCGGGGUGCGGGGUGUGUGUCCUAGACUGUUCUCUGAGUUAUCAUCCGAGACUAACUGCAGGCUGGAGGCACAACCUGGGUUCCAGGUCCUCUCCUUUGCCUUGGGCCUUUCUCUCCUGACACGCUACUGUUGGGAGGGACAGGGACAUCUCCUCGCCUGCAUGUGGUUCAAAUAAAGAGUGCAGGGUCA